UAAAAAAUACUCGUUUAGUUUAACAUCUAGGCAUUCUCCCCCGCCCCAUUCUUCACAACCGAAAGAUUUGAAGACCAGAAAUUAAAGACGCACGAAAAGUACUAGAGAUGGGGAAUGAGAGUGUGUGAGCUCCCAGUCACUCGUCUUCUCUGAUUCCCAAUAUUCAGUUUUUUCUGGGCUCAGGGAGUCAGGAAUGAUGUCUGACGAGAAGAGCAGCAGUGACGGCUUCUACAGAUGGAGUUGGGAUGUAGCGGGAUUCGAACCAAGGUUGUCACCAGCGGAGAACGACGAUCACCAUAGCUUGACGCCGCCUACCCCGCUGGUCCGGAGGUACUCGAUCUCACCCUCAUCCAUCUCUUCGUAUUCGGAAUUAUCUAAGCACGCCAAGAGCUCCGGACUUCUCAGAUUGAAGAACAAAAUCAAGCUUGUUAGGGAGGACUAUGCCGAGUUGCGACAAGAGGCCAGUGACCUACAGGAAUAUUGCAAUGCAAAACUUGACCGCGUCACACGCUAUCUUGGUGUACUUGCUGAUAAGACACGUAGAUUAGAUCAAGCAGCUCUUGAUACAGAAACUAGAAUUUCUCCUUUGAUAUCUGAGAAGAAAGGAUUAUUUAACAAGUUAUUGACUGCCAAAGGAAAUGUACAAGUAUUUUGCCGUGUACGGCCACUUUUUGAAGACGAAGGCUCAUCUGUUGUUGAAUUUCCCGACAGUUUUACUGUUCGUGUCAAUACUGGUGAUGAUAGUUCAUCUAAUCCUAAGAAGGAUUUUGAGUUCGAUAGAGUUUAUGGUCCUCAUGUUGGACAAGUUGACCUUUUUAAUGAUAUUCAGCCUUUUGUUCAGUCAGCUUUUGAUGGAUUUAAUGUUUGUAUAUUUGCUUAUGGCCAAACACACUCAGGAAAGACACACACCAUGGAAGGGUCUAGUCAUGAUCGUGGGUUAUAUGCUAGAUGCUUUGAAGAGCUGUUCGAUUUAUCCAAUUCAGAUGCAACUUCCACAUCUAAUUUUAGUUUCUCAGUUUCACUCUUUGAGCUUUAUAAUGAACAGAUAAGAGAUUUGCUUUUGGAAUCUGGUAGGGAUCGUCCAAAAAUUGGCAUCAGGUUACCAGAUUGUGUUGUGGAACUUGUACAGGAAAAGGUGGAGAACCCAUUAGAUUUUUCAAAAAUCCUCAAAGUAGGAUUUCAGAACCGAGGAAGCAAUACAUCAAAGUUCAACGCCACUCAUCUGAUAAUCUGCAUACAUAUAUAUUAUGAGAACUUGAUCACUGGUGAGAAUUUUUGCAGCAAACUCUCUCUCAUAGACUUGGCUGGAAGUGAGAGUGCAACUAUAGAAGACGAUACUGGGCUUCAUGCAACCGAAGUGCUGUAUGUAAUGAAAUCUCUAUCAGCAUUAGGGGAUGUUUUAAAUUCCUUGACCUCAAAGAAGGACAAUGUUCCAUAUGGAAACUCAAUGCUUACUAAGUUAUUUUCAGACUCAUUAGGCGGAGAUUCAAAGACAGUAUUGGUUGUCAAUCUCUGUCCAAAUGCUUUAAAUUUGUCUGAGACAUUAUCAUCCCUCAAUUUUUCUGCAAGAGCUAGGAGUGCUGUAUUAAGUCUUGGAAACUGGGAUACCAUCAAGAAAUGGAGAGAGAUCGCAAAUGAUGCUCGCAAGGAACUCUAUGAGAAGGAGAAAAUAAUAUGUGAUCUGAAAAAGGAAAUUAUUGGACUAACACAGGAUCUGAAACGUGCCAACGAUCAGUGUGUCCUACUAUUCAAUGAAGUUCAGAGUGCUUGGAAAGUUUCUUAUACUCUCCAGUCAGAUUUAAAGGCUGAGAAUAUAAUGCUCGUUGAUAAGCAUGAAGUAGACAAGGAACAAAAUUCACUACUUAGAAGUCAAUUGGCUCAACUUUUGCAGUUGGAGCAAGAACAGAAGAUGCAAAUAAAACAACGUGAUUCCACUAUCCAAACACUACAGACUAAAAUCAAAUGCCUUGAGUUGCAACUGAAUGAAGCCCUUUCUUAUAGUGAGAGAACAUUAAUAAAUGGCCAAGAAUCAAGGCCUACAGUGCAAACUAGUUUCAAUCCAAGUGGCACGUUGGAUUCUACUGUUGUAACUAGAAGACUUGAAGAGGAACUUUUAAAACGUGAUGCAUUGAUUGAGAGGUUGCAUGAAGAAAAUGAGAAGCUAUUUGACAAAUUAACAGAAAAAGUCUCACUAGCCGUAUCACCACAGGUGUCAAGUUCAUCACCUAAAAGACCAACUAUACAAAACCGAGACGUGGGAAGAAAUUUCACAAAUGAUAAUAAUGUGAAAGGACAUCAUUUGGGUGAGGUUCCUUUGCCGUCAGAUAAGUCUGAAGAAUCUGUUGCUUUGGUCAAACCAUGUGCUGAAAGUAUAAAGAGAACCCCAGCUGGAGAAUAUCUAACUUCUGCCUUAAAUGAUUUUGAUCCUGCACAUUAUGACGGCAGCCUUGCUGCCAUAUCUGACGGAGCAAAUAAGCUUUUAAUGCUGGUUCUGGCUGCUGUCAUCAAAGCAGGCGCGUCUAGAGAACAUGAGAUACUUGCUGAAAUUCGGGAUGCUGUUUUUGCUUUCAUUCGUAAAAUGGAGCCAAGGAGAGUAAUGGAUACCAUGCUUGUUUCCCGUGUUAGGAUAUUGUAUAUUAGAUCUCUGCUUUCUAGGUCACCAGAGCUCCAAUCUAUCAAGGUGUCCCCAGUUGAGCGCUUUUUAGAGAAAGCUAAUACUGGUCGAAGUAGAAGCUCUAGCCGUGGCAGUAGCCCUGUAAGGUCUCCUGUGCGUUACAAUUCUCUACUAGAUGAACAUAUACAAGGAUUUAAAGUAAAUUUAAAGCCAGAAAAGAAAUCAAAGAUAUCAUCUGUGGUUCUCAGGAUACGUGGUAUUGAUCAG